AUGAAUCCAAAGAAGCCUCCUUCUCUGUCCAUUGUUGCUGCCAAGAAUGCUUCCUCAUCCUCAUCAUCGGGAAGGAACAACACGACACGAUCGGGAUCGGGAGGAACACCUCCUUCAGCAACAUCAGCCUCUUCUACAUCAACACCUGUGGCCAUAUCACCACAGCAACAACAUUCAAGUGUACCAUUACCAACCUCUACUACUUCUCUCGUGAUGGCUGUGAGAGGCUUAUCCUUGUUGUGGAGUAAUUUUGAAGGCGAUUGGAUAUCAUCAUCGGAACCAUACAAUCAAGAUACAGAGAAUAGUUUAUUGGUAUAUUUGGAAAGAUUAAUUGAAAAAUCCAUGCACAGUGGUGGAGUCUUGAAACGACGGAAAGAGUACCAGCAAAAUAUGGAUGAAGAAGAAAACGAGUUUGAGAAUACGGAAGAAUAUAUUAGUACGAUUGAUAAACGUGUCAAGACCACAUUUUUCGAGAUUGUACAGCACAAACGAAGAUGGCUCGAAGAACGAAAAUUUUUUGAAAAUUUAAAUAUUUGUGAAACGGUUGAUGUGAUUGGCAUGCCAAAUCUUGACCCACAUUUUCGAUAUAAGAAUAGAAUUAGAUUUUGUAAUGAUGAGUCGUCUAAUGGAGUAGUGUUUGAUCCUUACACAUGCUUUCUAGUGAGCUUGGAAAAUAAGACCUCAUUGAGAAACGAGAUUGAUUUUUGUAAAAAGGAGGGAAAAAGAGUGGGUGACGAAAGAGUUUACAAAAUAACGUCUCAGUUAAUCAGCACUGUACAUUACAUGCAUUUGUUUGGCGUUUUCCAUUCAUUACUCUGCCCUGAACUGAUUUGUAUUGCUGACAAUGGAGAUAUAAGACUCAAAGACCCUUUUUAUUACCACAUGAUUGCAUGGAUCAAUGGAAAUAUACCUUCCACAAGUUUAUAUUUAAAGGAACCACGAGAUUUUGAACUCUUAGUUCCGUAUUUGGCUCCUGAGCUAUUUGCAUUAGCAUGUUAUGAGGAUAAUUUCUUUAAAAGCGUAAACAAUAAGUGUGACGUUUGGUCCAUUGGAGUUAUAUUGAUGGAAUUUAUUCUCGGUAAUAGAAUUCCUUUUGCGACCAAAGUUGACACGAAAUCCCAAUCAAAAGAAGAUUGGAAAAGCUCAGCAACAGAGAUUUAUGUAAAUAUCCACAAUUUUGUAGAGUUUUGUAAAAUCAAGAAUGAAGAAAAUUCAGAUGAACAAAAUACCUACACACAAUUUGAAGACCCGUUAUACAAGAAUGCUUGGAAAAGAAUUCAACGAUUUGAUAAGACAUUUAGAGAUUUGCUUUUUGCUUGCUUGGCUUUUUUACCAAGUGAGCGCCCAGAUUUAGAUUGGCUUAUUGAACAACCAUUUUUUGAAAUAAUUUCCAAAGAAAAACUGGCCCAUAUCUCCUGUAGAAUUACCAAGUUCCCACAUUUCAAAAGUUUUGAAGACAAGAUUUCCAAUUUUCCACAUAACAACAAGGAGGUUACCAUUACAACAUCUCUCACAAAUCCACUCCAAGAAAAACAAAAUAUUUUCAAAAAGAGAUACCAAGAAUGGAAAGCAUUAUAUGAAUCUAAAAUAAUGUUAUUUGAUUUUUUCUAUAGAAGAAUUUUUGAUCUAAAUAUUACUCCCUUCAUAUUUAGGAAUAAUAAGAGGUCUCCAGGUACAAGAUACUUUUCGAGUGGUAUUUCACAAUUUAUAUUCGACAGUUAUGUACUGAUUCCAUUUUCAUGCCUUGAAGAUGCUGUGAAUAUCAUCAAAUCCUACAAUAAUAAUGCACUUGGAAUUUCAACAACAAAUUCACCACAACUGCAGACCUCCAAUGAAAGUCCAACUCCUUCUGAAGAUACAUUAUGCCCAUCAUUGAUUCACGUGUCAGGAGAUAUUGGCAAAAAACGAAGUCUCUACAACAAUAAGGACACCAAUAUCACAUGGACCAAAUUUUCUGCGUUAAUUGGAGAAAAGGAUAUGGACUUUGCCUAUCAGCAGCAAAGAGUUCAUACAUUCAGAAAACUCUUGCUCAAUUAUCCAUUCUCUAGGGAUGAAAUUAUUAGGGAAGCAAAAAUAGACAUUCCCUCAAUUUUAAGGGGUGAGAUUUGGGCAGCCAUUUUGGGAACAGAAGAUGACUUGGAAGCCGAUUCCCUCUACUUUAAAAUUUCACACGAUCUUCAGAGGCAACCUCUCUCUAAUGUGACUAAACGACAAAUAUCAGUCGAUGUUCCACGGUGUCAUCAAUAUAAUCCUCUUUUGCAUUCAAAAAUUGGACAAGAAAAAUUGAGAAAAAUCCUUGAAGCAUGGGUAUUCUAUCACAAAAACUCGAAUUUGGUGUACUGGCAAGGUCUCGACUCUCUGUGUGCUCCAUUCCUUUGUCUGCACUUUGAUUUUGAAGCAAAAGCGUUUUGUUGCCUCAAUGCCAUGGUUAACAAAUAUUGUCACCAAUUUUUCACAUCUCACACCAAUUCAACAGCAAUGGAAGAGCGUUUGGCAAUAUUCAAAAAGUUACACAUGUAUCAUGAUCCAGAACUGGCUGGUCACUUGCACCAUAUUUCCUUCUCGCCAGAACUUUAUGCUAUAAGUUGGUUCUUGACCUUGUUUGCUCACUCUUUACCAAUUGAAAAAAUCUACAAACUGUGGGAUGCCAUCAUUUUAGGAUCAUCUGAUUUACCGAUAUUUAUUGCAGUUGCAAUUUUAAAGCAAAUGAGAACACGAAUUUUACAAGCUGAUUUUCACAAUGCCAUGUACAUUUUCCAGAAUAUUCAAGGUGUGAACAUUAUGCAAGUUUUGGAGGAUUGUAAACGAAUUGAGGAAAAGACACCUCGUGGCUUAACAUGUCCAAAGUUCUUGCAACAAUCACCAUCUUCUCCCUACUUUAUUUCGAUUGAAGGAUAUAACAGAGAUUGUUUAUAUCCAAGAAUUACAAUGCAAGAUUUUGAAAAAUCAACACUUCCUUCAAUUUCAUUCUUGAUUGAUAUUAGACCAAAAGCUGACUUUGAUGCUCACCAUGAACCAUCAGCAUUUCACAUUACAAGAUUCAAACCUGAUGAUGAAAACGAAAGCAAUGAAGGCAAACAGGCAUCGUCACCUUCUGCAACUCGAUUUCAAGACGCUUGGUCCUCACUCGAGCAAGAACAGGAUGAAUAUCCACCAGAAGUGUAUUUGGGCUACUUGAAUCAACUCGCAACAGAGUUGCAUUUCAAGAAAGGACUUCCCAUUGUGGUCAUUGCAAAUAACAAGGACGUUUCACAACGUGACAAAGUAUUCCAAUUAGAGAAUAAGCUCAUGUUGGAAUCAAUUCCAUAUGUCUCAAUCAUUCUAGAUUAUGACCGAGACGAUAAUGAUGCUGCUCCUUUACAAUGA